AUGCUUGAAAUUAUUGACAUAUCGUUAGCAACUUCGGGUCCUGAACUUGUUUCAGCUGCUGCUGAUCAAGGUUUUUUAUUCAUCAAAGGCCAUGGAUAUACUCCUUCUGAGGUUGAGGAGCUCUUCAGAUUAUCAGAAGAAUGUUUUAAUUUGCCACAUGAUACGAAAAUGAAAUAUUCUUUACUGGACACCGAAAAUGUGGGGUAUACCAGCAUUUAUGCUGAAACUCUUGAUACAAAAAACGAUGAUGUGGGUUCUGCUAAAGGAGACCCUAAAGAGACAUUCAACUUUGGUCAGUUAGAUUUUUUAACCGGGAUCCCAAAUCAAAGACUCCCCGAUAUUAUUGGGAAAGACAAGUCGAAUCUUAAUAUCCUUGCGUAUCACAUAAAGAAGAUGUAUGAUAUUUCCCAAAAAAUCCUUGAACUCUUAGCAAUCGGGUUGCAGCUAGAGGAUCCACAUUGGCUCAAAGAGAGAUUCAAGCAGGAUAUGGUAAGUGGACUGGCACUUCGACUCCUCAAAUACCCAACUCCAGAUGAGUUGGAUCCCACUACUGAAGUUAGAGCUGGGGCACAUACCGAUUACGGAGCGUUGACCUUAUUAUUUCAACGACAACCAGGGCUAGAAAUCUUCCAAAAAAAUCAAUGGGUAAAGGUGCCUUCCCUUGAAUCUUCUAAUCCGGAAGAAGCUUCCCCAAUGGUUGUUAACAUCGGUGAUCAACUUUCUUAUUGGACCAACAAAUACUUGGCCUCCACCAUGCAUAGAGUAAGAUUUCCUGAAGAUGCUGAAUCUCAAACCAAUGCGAGAUACUCGAUAGUGUUUUUCUGUCAUCCGGCAGACAAUACGGUUCUUGAACCGUUACAAAGCCCACUAAUCAGUGCAGAAAAGCUGGAAGAAAAAAGAUUGACAGCCAAACAGCAUCUUCGACGGAAGUUGGCUGCGGCCUACCACUGGGACGGCACCUCGUGA